AUGUUUGCUGCUGCGGGCGGGGGACGAGAUAUUAGUAGUAGUAGUACAAGUAGAAGUACAACUCGAGGAGUCGGAGAGCAGACUGAGUACUUCUAUCGAACAAGUGAUGUAGAUGAUGAAACUAUGCAGCGGCAGACAAUAGCAUCUGCAACUAGUACUAGAAACACAGCUACUAGCCUUAGUGAUCGAGAUCGUCAGACGAGACAAACUCGUCUUGAAGAGGCUUUUGAAGAACAGCAUGCUGAGGGCGAGGAGGAAGAC